GUUAUUUUAGGUUUGCGGUCCAUUGUUUGUCAUUCGUUCGUUUGUUCGGAAAAAAGGAAAGCCUCACAAGCAAUACACAACCUCUCAACUAAAGCCUACAUCCAGCGCUGCCCCAUUUCGCGUUCCCUUCAUCAGCCAUCCCAUCAGACAUAGAGAGAGAAAAAAUGUCAGUUCAGUUUAAAUGAAAGACUCCCCUGAACCUGUAGCGAAACCCACAAAAGCAAUAAUUUUUCUUUUAAUUAAAACCAAGUGAAUCUAUAGACUUUCUUCAAUUCUUUUUGCAAUAUUAAAUUAAACUCCAAGAAGGACAUAGUCGAGCGAGCCAUAAGGACAAAAAAAAGAAGCGAAAAAAAUAACAACAAAAUAGAAUUAAAGCAAAUAUCAAUAAAAAGAAAGUUGUAGAACCAAAGAAACACACAAAAAUUAAGAGCAAACAAACGCACACACACACACGCACUCGUUCUCGCUCUAAGAUAGACGUAAACUCACACGUGCCACUUCAAUCUUCCUGAUACGCAGCAGCGACUCGAAAAGAAACAUCAUCAGCGCCCAAAAGCACCUGCAAGACGUUGCCCAACAUCACCAGUCUGCCCAUUCCGAAUUUACCUUGAAGACCAUUGCAAACUGGCGUUCUUUCAAAAUAUAAUGUGGAGCACUAUAUCGCCGACCAAUUCGAAGAAACUUUUAAUUGGCAGCACACGCAGCGUUGACUAUGUCGGUGACAAUUCCACAACAAAAUCAACAAAGAUAUCAAUCGCAAUGGAAAUUCAUAUACAAAACAAGUGCAUCUCAGCAUAGCGCAUCACUCUGGAGGGUGGUGCGGAGCCCCCAUGGCUACAGGGCCCCCUUAAAGCGGCAUUUUUGGGGGCCACUGGCGUCGGAAAAACCAGUAUCUUACAGCAAUUUUUCUACCAUGACUUCCCCAAGACACAUCAAACCACAACAAGAAGAAAAGUGUACAAAAGCUGUUUGGUAUGUGAUACCUGUAUCCGAGAGCUGAUGGUAAUCGAUGUUCCGCCCCAGAAACGGUUUCCAGCGGAUAAUUUUGCUGAAUGGAACAAUGGUCACCCACUGGGGUUGAGAACAGUUCAUGCCUAUGUCUUAGUGUUCGAUAUGGGAAAUUUAGAAACUUUCCGAUAUUGCAGGUCUAUGAGAGAUCAAAUUUUGGACAGCUUUUGUCAUCGUGAUUUUAGUAUAAUUGUUGUCGGCAAUAAAUAUGAUACAAUAAGUGAAACACAAGCAAAUUCACAGGAACUAAAAGACAUUUCAACUUUAGUACGGAAACACUGGCGCUGUGGCUAUGUCGAAUGUUCUGCACAAUACAACUACAAAAUUGGUGAUGUCUUUCGUGAAUUAAUGGGUUGUACCAGCACUGGCAGUGCCAUUGGCACAGAUUUUUCACAAUCAAAUAGAAAUAAAGGACGUUGUACAAUACUUUAGCAAUUGCUGCAUAAGUUUUUUAGUACCACAUCAAUAUUUUGAACUCAAAAUGAAAAAGAUAUACAACAAACAUAGAAAACAUUGUCAAGCCACAUCAAAGGAGAAGAAAGCAUAGACAGAUAUAGGUGAAAAGCGUCAUUGAAAUCAAUCAACAACAACAACAACACUUAAUAUUACAAACAAACAUACAAUACUAGAUAUUAUAGCCACAAAAAAUGUUUUUAGACUAGUUUAUCUGAAAUUGAACACAAGAAAAAAAAACAAUACACUGUAAACUAACUCCAAAAAGUAAUGCAAAUUUUGCAAACUUCUCUCAUUCAAACUUGAAAAAAAAAAAAAAUAACGAAGAGAGAGUAGAUACGAGUACUUUAUUUAAAGUUAAUACAAAAUACUUAAAGAAUUUUUUAGAUAAGCAUAUGAUGAUGAUGAGGAAGAAGAACAAUGAAAACUUAUAAAGGAUUUCCCUAACAAACGCAGGUGGAGAGAGUCGUUGCGAAUACUGCCGCUAACGGAUGCAAAACUAAUUGUGAAAUAUACCCCUAAAACUUAGCAUUGUUCAGUAUCAUGGUGUUAUUGAAAGGGCAUAGGAAGAAACUAUCGGCAAUAACAUAGAGCCUAUAGAAAAAUGUACUAAUCAAUAAUAACUUUAGAAAUAUUCAUUUGCAAAAUGAAUUAAAAGAGGUUAUAUAGAAUCUUAAAGAAUUUACUGUGAGUUCUCUGUUGAUGAUGACUCAAGCAUUAGUUUUUCAAAGCCCCCAACCAAUCCUCCCUCACACCAACUACAUGCAUAAUGUUGCCACUACAUACAUUUUAUUGUGAAAACCUAUUUAUGGUAUUUUGUAUUAUAAUCAAAAGCAAAACGGAAAAAUGAAUAACAAAUGAAUUCAAUAAUAUAUCCCACCAUGGUUUACAAUAUUUAAUGCCACACUUAUGUGGUUUUUGAACAUACAGGACUUUUUAUUUGUUUCGUUGUUUGGUUUCCCUUUUCGAUAAUGUGAAGCAAUAAUACUCCCAUUAUAUAAUAAUCAGCGAAAUCUUAAUGCCACAUUAGACAAAGAAUCGAUAAUCCAACAUUUUAGGAAGAUUAACAAAAUUUUAGCAUUAUGUACAUGAAAAACCGAUAAUAAAUGAACCUAAAAAAAUUAAUUUUUAAUUAUAGAAGAAUUAUAAUAACAAGUUGUGAUCAUUCCCAGUAAUUAUAACUCAAAAAUAUGGACAUAUGGUAUAACAACAUACGUUGAUGCAUGAAGUAUACGUAGGUAGCUUGCAGCGCCCUAUGGUCAAAGUGAUGCACACAGUUUGUGCUAUCAUAAUAAUACUUCUUUACGAGAUGUGUCAUUCUAUAUCAUCCCUUUCGUUAAUGAUACAAAGAUUACUUGACUUUGUUUCGCGGUUAAAGAUGCUCUUUAGUUGUUUAUAUACUGAUAGAAAAAUUUAUAUUAUUGCGAAACCAUACGGUAUUGAUAGUGAAGCAAUCCGGUAUGGUAUCAACACAAUAUCACCUGGUAAGGAUCAAAUUAAAAACGAUAUAUACGGUUUGGACCUUAUAUCGGUAGAUCAUAACAUAUGGUAAGUAUAUCCAAAUACAGUCUGAUCUUGACCAAACUCAGUACAAAAAUAUUAUGUGAAAAAUUUCAGUUCAUUAUUUCCAUUUUUAAAGACUAAAGCUUCAUUUCACCAGACAGACGAACAGAUGGACGCAUGGAUAGUUAGUUUGUCAAAUUUCGUAACAAAAUAAUUUUCGAACCGCUAUAACUUUAAAACAAAUGAACGGAUUUAAAAACGCCCAAAAAGUUUUCCAUGUAGAUUUUUUUAAACUUUAAAACUAGCAUCACAGUAAAAUGGUAUUAAGUUACGACGGGCCGAACUUGGGAUACCUACCACCUCAAAUACACAGUGGUACAGAUAUGUCUACAUACCCUUUCAUAAACAGCAGUUACGUAAACUGACAGUAACUUAGGUAGGAUAAGAUUUAACACUAAAAGUGUUAACUAAUUAUGAUAAAUUUUUACCAUGGUUCCGAU